AUGCCCCAACAGAUCAAGCGGCCGCAGCCGAAGAAUGUCAAUCCCCCUAAGAGGCCCCUUGCUCCCAGGCCACAGAACGCGCCGGACACGCAACCAACCGCGACUUCCACUCCUGCUGCGCCUGCGAAUUUAGAGCAGCGGAGUAUUGAUUACUAUCGAAACACGGAGGACGAUGAUAUCGCCAUUAACGAAGCGCGGACGCAACAGAACCGAGAGGCAAGACGAAGGAAGAAAGAGGAGGAGAAGUUUGAGAAGAUGUACGGUAAAUGGGAUACGAAGUCGGAGUAUAAGUUGAAGUAUCCGACUAACUUGGCUGCAUACGAAGCUAAAGGUGAAUACGAAGAGAAGCUUAACGACUUCAUUGCAUAUCUCCGUUUCCAUCACAACCCGGAGGAUGUCGCUGAGAUCACCGAGCGAGACCUGUCUUCAGAGUCAAAUUCCGUCUCCCCGCCUCCUGCUCGGGACUCAGACUUUGCUCCGCGCUCUGGCCUUUCUUCCACGUCGUCUCCUCUGCCAUCGGUGCCACUGGAAUCGAACAUGCCAAUCCCUCGGACUGCGGACGAGGCUUACGGCUUCGGAGCUCGUCUUCCCCAGGAAAUGGUCGAGGAAUUUGCGACAGCAAUUCUGCCAGCGUCGGAACCUUCGUCGAGGGAUCAGGCUCAGUCCCAUACCUCUUCGGCGGCUGUGGAACGAAACCCACUAUUUGCGCCCCCGACAUUCAAUGACUUCGCUUCUCCUCGUCCGGACGCAGUUGACACUGCCCAAGCUUCGCAGCAAACCACUCGAAAACCUAGCGCGACAGAUAUGGGUUCAGUUGUUACUCAAUCUGCUACUGCGCCUCCAGCUCCGUCGGCACCGCCGCCUGCGGUUCAACCUCGUGCCCAGAUGCCGGUUGAUAUUUCCGAACAGAUCCGCAAGGCUAAAGAAAUAGCUGCCCGCGCGAAACGAUCACCUCCCCCGCCCCCAAUCGUGGCUCCGGCUGAGGCGUUACCGCCGCCACCACCACCACCCCCACCACCGACACAGCCUCCUGCACCCCGAAAAGCGUACAGCCACACCAUUGGUGCUCCGCCAGUGCAUUACACUGCAACGAUCUCCGCCGAUCCUGUCCAUUAUGCCCGGCCCCUGGAACCGGAGCCAAAGCCUAGGGACGACAAGCUCGAGCGACCCUCCAAAAAGCAGAAGAGGGAAGAACCUCCGAAGCCCAGUAAGGCUGCGCUCAUGAUGGCAAAGAUGGGCUACGUCAAAGGUCAAGGUCUAGGCAAGAAUAACGACGGUGUAACUACCCACCUGGAGGUCAGAAUGAGGAAAGAUGCCGGUGGCCGCCAGAACUGGAGCGAUGACUUUGACGAUGAUUCCAACGGUGAGAAGGACAGGAUCAAAUCCCAGCAAGUGUUUGAUAUCACUGGUGGUCUGCGGACUCGUGAGAAGGAUCAUGGACCUUUUGGCGAACCUUCUCGUGUAGUUGUUGCAUGGGGUUGUGUUGAUGGUGUUGAUCUGGAUCAGGAUGCAGAACGGGACGACGGAGGUAUCCGCCAGGAAAUGGGCGAAGCUUUCGAUACAAAGUUCGGCACUAUCUCCCGCAUCCACUUCGACCCAUCCAGCGCCACGCGUCCCGUAUACAUUGAGUUCGCGAAUGAACUCAGUGCCCUAAAUGCCGUCAACAGGUUCAAAGAGGGCUAUGAAUUCCAGGGACGGAAGAUCCGUGCUCAAUAUUACGACGAGACCAAGUUCAGCAACAUGAUCUACGACCACUAG